AUGCUGCCCUGCGAGUGGGCCCUCUCCCUGGCCAAGUGCCUCGCCCGCCGCAAGCCGGUGGACCGCGACGUGUCGGCGGGCCCGGCGCUGUCGCGGUGCCUGUCCACGGUGGACCUGGUGGCGCUGGGCGUGGGGAGCACCCUGGGGGCGGGCGUCUACGUCCUAGCGGGCGCCGUGGCCCGCCACGACGCCGGCCCCUCCAUCGUCCUCUCCUUCCUCGUCGCCGCUGUCGCCUCGGUCAUGGCCGGGCUCUGCUACGCCGAGUUCGGGGCGAGGGUGCCGCGGUCGGGGUCGGCGUACCUCUACAGCUACGUGACGGUAGGGGAACUGAUUGCCUUCAUUACCGGCUGGAAUCUCAUCCUCUCAUACGUCAUUGGCGCGUCGAGCGUGGCGCGGGCCUGGACCGCGGCGGUGGACGGCAUGACGGAGGGCGACAUUGUGAAGUCGUUCUUCCUGCGCCAUGUCGCCUUCAACCACCCGUGGCUGGCGGAUUACCCAGACUUCCUCGCAGCCGCCCUCAUCAUGCUGCUCACCGGCGUGCUGGCGUUUGGGGUGAAGGAGUCUGCGUUCAUCAACAAAGUGUUCACAGGGGUGAACGUGGCCGUGCUCACGUUCGUCAUCAUCUCUGGCUUCGUCAAGGGAGACACCCACAACUGGGCCCUGACCCACGAAGACUACCUCAACCACACGCGGCACAGGGCAAACUCCUCCGUGGGUGAGUUUGGUGCGGGAGGCUUCGUGCCGUUUGGGGUGUCGGGGACUCUGGCCGGUGCUGCCACCUGCUUCUAUGCCUUCGUCGGCUUCGACUGCAUCGCCACCACCGGCGAGGAGGUGAGGAACCCCCAGCGUGCCAUCCCCGUGGGUAUUGUGGUGUCUCUGCUUGUCUGCUUCCUGGCCUACUUUGGCGUGGCUGCCGCCAUCACACUCAUGAUGCCCUACUACCUGCUGCACCGCGACUCCUCGCUGCCCGUCGCCUUCGAGCACGUGGGCUGGGGCAGGGCACGCUACCCCGUGGCUGUGGGGUCGCUCUGCGCACUCUCCACUAGCUUGCUGGGAUCCAUGUUCCCCAUGCCGCGGGUCAUCUACGCCAUGGCACAGGACGGCCUCCUGUUCCGCUUCCUGGGGACGGUGAACGAGCGAACGAAGACGCCGCUGGUGGCAACAGUCGUGUCUGGGGCCGUGGCCGCGGUGAUGUCGCUGCUCUUCAACCUCAAGGACCUGGUGGACAUGAUGUCCAUCGGCACGCUGCUAGCCUACUCACUCGUAGCAGCCUGUGUGCUCAUCCUGCGGUGAACAACAACAACAACAACAAGACUAACAACAAGACU